AUGUCGACGCCUAACAACGAGAAGGAGCAAUAUUCUUCCCCGGCCUUCGCCCUCAAUCGACCGGCCACCAUCGACACCGAUCGCUCGUCGGACGAAGAUGGGACAUUGCGAGGCCACGAAGCCGAGGACGAAGUCGACCGGAACCACCUGCGAGCUACCACAAGCCAUGUCUCGGGCCGGCAGAAACUUGCGGAUCUCAACUCUCCCAGGUCCAUAUCAGCACAAAGAGACCAGGCUCGCCGUUUAGACGAUGACUUGGCAAUGCUACAAGCGGAACGAGUUGUUUCCAACGCAGCAAAUUCGGAAAAUGACGUCAACCUAGGACGAUCGAAGUCUAUGGCUAGAUCACGCUCAAGAAAUGCGUCAGAACCCGUGGACGAUUUCGAUAUCGAUACCACCCCGAUACACGAAAAGACGAAGAUAUACAAACCACCUGCUCACCCCACUACAAAGUUCGCCAGAGUAUUCAAGAAAAUUCACCAAUCAGUGUUCUUUGUGCGCUGGUUCUUUUACAUUGCGCCGGUGGCGGCGAUUCUCUCGAUUCCGAUUGCUUUGGGUUUUGCCCAGUUCGACCGGGCUUCGGUUGGAGGUGUGGAGCUGGCUUGGUUUGGGAUCUGGCUCAUGACUGUCUGGCUGAACCUAUGGCUCGGCAGGCUGAUCGCAAUGUCUCUGCCUUACCCAAUGGGUCUGAUAUCGAGCACUUUCACGAAUAACAGCAAGAAAUGGAGAGACCUAGGAAAGGCUCUCGAAGUCCCAGCUACCCUUUUCUUCUGGGCCCUGGCCGUCGAGAUCUCAUUCCUGCCCACCAUGAAGAACCACCACUUGAACGGCGAUAAGAGCACCAGGCCAUGGGAGAAAACGGUCAACAAGCUCCUCAUCACACUGCUUGUCGGACUGACUCUGAACUUUGUCGAGAAGAUCAUCAUUCAAUUGAUCGCCAUUAGCUUCCACCUCCGGACAUACGCGGAUCGCAUCGAGGUGAACAAGUUCCAGAUUUCGAGUUUGGUCAAGCUGUAUGUGUUUUCCAAGGAUAAGAUUGCAAUGGAGGACUCGGAAUUUGAGGUUGAUAGUUCCGGAAUGGAUGCUGGAACGCGAACUCCAAUGCAAUAUGUCAAUAAGGCCCAGAAGAAUGCCCGUCAGGUCUUUAACCGGGUCGGAGACGUUGCAGGAAAGGUGGCGGGGGAUUUUACGGGUAAUGCUGUCAAGUCUAGUACCCAUCCCCAUCAGGUUGUCCUUCAACUUCUGAACAGCACCAACGGAUCCCAAGUCCUUGCUCGCCGUCUUUACCGCACCUUUGCGCAGGAGGACUCGGAAACAGUUCUUUCCGAGGACCUUCGCCCCGCGUUUGGCAACGAUGAUGAAGCCACUGCGGCCUUUUCCAUGUUCGACAAGGACCUCAACGGUGAUAUCUCCAUGGAAGAACUGGAAGCAGUCUGCGUCGAAAUCGGCCGCGAGCGCAAAGCCAUCACGGCCUCGCUCAAGGAUCUCGACUCCGUGGUCUCUAAGCUCGACGACGUCUUCAUGUUCAUUGUGUUCAUCAUCACCAUCAUUGUGUUAGUUUCCAUCAUCUCGACUUCCGCGUCCGGGGUUUUGACCUCGGCGGGCUCGACCCUCCUCGCUCUUUCCUGGCUCUUCUCGGCCACCGCACAGGAAUUCCUGCAAUCCUGCAUCUUCGUCUUCGUCAAGCACCCCUUCGAUGUCGGAGACCGAGUGACUAUCUAUGGAAACACAGGGUCCCAGCUGAAAGGAGACGACUACUUCGUCAAAGAGAUCGCCUUGCUAUACACCGAGUUCAAGAAGAUGGAAGGCCACGUCGUGCAAGCGCCCAACUCCUACCUCAACACGCUCUUCAUCCUCAAUCAGCGCCGCUCCGGCGGUCUCGCCGAAGCCGUCCCCGUCACCGUCAAGUUCGGCACCACGAUCGACCAAAUCGAUACCCUUCGCGCCCGCCUUCUCGAAUUCGUUGGCUCCGAAAACAGGGAAUACCAACACAACAUCCUGACCGAACUCCGCGAGGUCUACGAAGCGCACUCCAUCACGCUCAACGUCAUCUUCUUCUACAAGUCCAACUGGCAGAACGAGCUCCUGCGUUUGCAGCGCCGCAACAAGUUCAUCUGCGCCCUGAUGGUCACCAUGAACGAGGUCGGGAUGGAAGGACCCCGUAUGCGACUCGCGGGAGCUAACGCAAAUUUCCCCAUGCACUUGUAUGACGCGUACCCCCAUAAAGAGCAGAACCCUGCCAACGACCCCCUCGUCCCCUCCGACCCUGGGCCGCGUUCUGGUUCUCUGGCGCGAGAGACCCAUUUUGAUGCUACUGCUCCUCAACAGCCUCAACGCCACACAUCCAUCCUUCGCAACAGAGCGGAUUCCCAGGCUCGCCAGCGCGGAGAAUCUAUCGGCGCGAUGAGCAAGCGUGUCGACUUCUCCCUCGGCGUAUCCGCCAUCUCUAGCGGAGCUGAUUUCGGUGACGUCUACGAAGACCGUAAGCCUAUCGUUCUUCCCCCCCGCAUAACUACCACCGAGCCCCCUUCGACAACCCGCCAUAGUCACGACCGUGGGAGCGAAGGUCACGGCCUCGACAGAAUGUCCACGCACGAGUCAAGCAACAGUAACGUCCUGAGCACGGCCGGAUCGAACAAGAUCCACCGCAACCGCUUCUUCGGGCGUGGCCGUGGCAGGUUCGGCAUGGCGGAAGACGGGACCCUGCUCGACGAUCUAGAGGCAGCCGGCAUGAGGGCUGUCGAUGACUUGCCUGAUAUUCCCGAGACGAGUGGGGCAAACUCGGGGAACAUGGCGGGACAGUUUAAUCGCCAGGCCAACCAAACGGGCUCUGCGGGACGUAUCGACCCUCGGACUGGCAUGGUCAGCCCUCAAGCCGUUGCGAGGGAUUCUGCGCACGAGAGAGGGGAAUUGCCGACGGUGGGUAAGAGGCCGCAGAGGACAAUGACAGAGAUGUUUAAGAAGAGGUAG